GAGAGAGAGAGAGAGAGAGGGAGAGGGUCAGAGUCUUUAGCAAGAAGGAGAGGCCAGGAUUGCUCUCAAAUCCACGAGAGGGUAAAAAAACACCCAAAUCCCUUAUCCUAUCUUCUUCCAAAACCAGAAAGCUUGCCCAGGAUUUCCUUCCCUUUCUAGCUCCCUCUAAAAGCUCGUUCUCUCUCCGUCUCUCUCCACAGCCGUCUCUCCUCCUCCUAUACAUCUCAUUGCUUCCCCCACAAUCUUCUUCUUCUUCUUCGUCGUCGUCCCUCCUGUCAGACAUAAGUGGUCACCAAUGAUGCUCGCCCUUGGGUCCGCCAUUUGAGCACGGGCAUCGGCAAUUCAAUCUCGAUAUAACGAACGAUCCAGCAACUGGGUCAUUAGUGUUCUGCGAGAAUCCAAGCUCUUUUUGGUCCGGGGCAGGGAGGAGGACUUCUUGUCUUAAGCUUGAGAAAUGGCUCCGAAGUCAGGCAGAGGCAAGUCCGGCAAAGCCAAAGCAGAGAAGAAAAGGAAGGAAGAGAAAGUCGUGCCUAGCGUUCUCGACAUAGCCGUCAUCACCCCAUACGAUACAGAAGUGACACUCAAGGGCAUCUCCACUGACAAGAUACUCGACGUCCGAAGAUUACUGGCCAACCACGUCGAGACAUGUCAUCUCACAAACUACUCUCUCUCUCACGAGAUCAAGGGGCAGCGAUUGAAUGACAAAGUGGAGGUUGCCACUCUGAAACCGUGCGUCCUAAAGAUGGUUGAAGAGGAUUACACAGAGGAAGCCCAUGCCGUCUCGCACGUGCGAAGGCUCCUGGACAUCGUGGCGUGCACAACAAGGUUCGCUAAGCCCAAGAGCAGCAGAUCGCCGCCCCCGUGUUCCCCCGACGCGCGUCCCAAGAAGGCCCGGACCCACCAACCGCGCGAGCAGCCGCCGCCGCCGUCGCCGUCGCCGUCGCGGCCGUCCGAUGGGAAGGCCGGAGGGGGCGAGGGCGCGGCGGAUCCGCCCGUCUCGGCGAUCUCGCAGAGCCUCGACAUGGCGGCGAUUCACCCGACGCCGAAGCUCUCCGAGUUCUACGACUUCUUCUCUCUCUCCCAUCUCACCCCACCCAUUCACAGUUUGAAGAGGUGCCCAAAAGAUGAUUCAGGAGAGAGGCGUGAUGGGGACUAUUUUGAAAUUCAGAUCAAGAUAUGCAAUGGGAAGUUGGUAAAUGUAGUUGCAUCAGUAAAAGGAUUUUACACACAAGGCAAAGUGUUUCAGCAAAGCCACUCUCUUGUGGAUCUCCUGCAACAGCUCAGCCGAGCUUUUGCCAAUGGAUAUGAGUCAUUGAUGAAAGCAUUCAUAGAGCACAACAAGUUCGGUAAUCUACCUUAUGGAUUUCGAGCAAAUACAUGGCUGGUUCCACCAUCUGUUAUGGAGUCUCCCACCAACUUCCCAUCACUGCCGGCUGAAGAUGAGAACUGGGGAGGUAAUGGCGGUGGUCAAGGCAGACAUGGCGAGCAUGAUCUUCGUCCAUGGGCCACAGAUUUUGCAAUACUGGCUAGUCUGCCGUGCAAAACAGAAGAGGAGAGAGUGGUUCGUGACCGGAAGGCUUUUUUGCUUCACAGCCUCUUUGUUGACGUCUCCAUCUUUAGAGCCGUUGAAGCAAUACGCCGGCUGAUAGCUUCUGAUUCAAGUGCUAAAGAUACAAAACAUCAUGCCCCAGGAUCAGUUGUGCUAGAGGAUCAAGUGGGAGACUUAUACAUUUCAGUAAAGCGAGAUGCAGCUGAUGCAAACUCUAAGUAUAAAGAAACCUUGAAUGGAGACCAACAUGCAGAGGAGAUUGCACAGAGGAAUCUGCUUAAAGGAAUCACUGCAGAUGAAAAUGUUGUUAUCCGUGAUACCAUCUCGUUGGGCAAUGUCAUUGUAAAACACUGUGGAUACACUGCACAAGUAAGAGUUGUCACCAAGAAGAAGAAAGGGAAGAUUGAGGCUCGUGAUCUUGAGAUUGAUGAUCAACCAAAUGGAGGAGCUAAUUCCCUCAACCUUAACAGUUCAAGAGUUUUGCUACAGAACUCUGGUGAUGGCGAAUCACCUGGAGGAGGGCAGUCAACCAAGCCUGCAGCUGAUACAUUAGAUAUUUCGGACCACCUAGUUAGAAAAAUAACUAAACAAAGUUUGACCAACUUAGAGGAGGAGCCGAUUCAUUCUGAAAAAUCUAUUAGAUGGGAACUUGGUUCUUGCUGGAUACAGCAUCUACAAAAGAAAGAAGAUCCUUCAGAAAACCUUUCUAAAAACCCCGACACUAUUGAUGAAGAUGAGCAAGCAGUUAAAGGUCUUGGGAAGCAAUUCAAAUUGUUAAAGAAGAGGGAGAGACAGCAGACUACAACGGCUACUUCAUCUGGUCUUGGAGAAAAUGAUUCCUUUCCAUCCGCAAAUUCCAGUUUGGUAGCACAAACCCAUGGCAAAUCCACGAGUGAAGCUGAAUUGAGGAAGUUAAUAUCUGAAGAAGCAUUUGUGCGUCUUGAAGAAACGAAAACUGGUCUUCAUUUAAAGUCAGCAGAAGAGCUUAUCCAGAUGGCACACAGAUACUAUGAUGAAAUUGCUUUACCAAAGCUGGCAACAGACUUCGGAUCGCUCGAACUUUCCCCAGUUGAUGGUCAUACACUGACCGAAUUUAUGCAUUUGAGGGGACUAAAGAUGCAUUCCCUAGGCCAUGUGGUUGAACUGGCAGAGAAGCUCCCUCACAUACAAUCGCUUUGUAUUCAUGAGAUGGUCGCUCGAGCUUUCAAGCAUGUCCUUAAAGCAGUUGUUGCCUCAGUCGAAAAUAUUGAAGACCUAUCUGCAGCAGUUGCAUCAACUCUUAAUUUCUUACUUGGAAAUGGUGGGUUGGAUGAAACCAUGAAUGAAGAUCGUCUUCUCAGACUGCAGUGGCUAAGAACAUUUUUAGCUAGGAGGUUUGCUUGGACAUUAAAAGACGAGUUUCAACAUAUCAGAAAAUUGUCCAUUCUUCGAGGACUUUGCCAUAAAGUUGGGCUGGAGUUGGUUCCUAGAGACUAUGAUAUGGAUAGUCAAAACCCCUUUAUGAAAUCUGACAUUGUCAGCAUGGUCCCUGUGUGCAAGCAUGUAGUUUGCUCCUCAGCUGAUGGACGGACAUUGUUGGAGUCAUCUAAAGUUUCUCUUGAUAAAGGAAAGCUGGAGGAAGCAGUUACCUACGGGACAAAGGCACUGACAAAGAUGAUUGCUGUUUGCGGUCCCUCUCAUCGUGCAACAGCGAGUGCGUACAGUCUUCUAGCAGUUGUUCUUUACCAUACUGGAGAUUUUAACCAGGCAACCAUAUAUCAGCAAAAGGCUUUGGAUAUCAACGAAAGGGAGCUUGGCCUUGAUCAUCCUGAUACAAUGAAAAGCUACGGAGACCUUUCUGUAUUUUAUUAUCGCCUACAGCACAUUGAAUUAGCUUUGAAGUACGUCAACCGUGCUUUAUUUCUUCUUCAUUUUACAUGCGGGCUAUCUCAUCCUAACACUGCUGCAACCUACAUUAAUGUGGCUAUGAUGGAAGAGGGCAUGGGAAAUGUCCAUGUUGCUCUUAGAUACCUGCAUGAAGCUCUGAAAUGCAACCAAAGAUUAUUAGGAGCGGAUCAUAUACAGACGGCUGCAAGCUUUCACGCAAUAGCCAUAGCACUUUCAUUGAUGGAAGCGUUUUCACUAAGUGUGCAGCAUGAGCAAACCACACUUAAAAUACUUCAAGCCAAGCUCGGGCCCGAAGAUCUUCGCACUCAGGAUGCUGCUGCAUGGCUUGAAUAUUUUGAAUCAAAGGCCCUAGAGCAGCAAGAAGCUGCCAGAAAUGGAACUUCAAAGCCUGAUGCAUCAAUUGCAAGCAAAGGUCACCUUAGUGUAUCUGAUCUCUUGGAUUAUAUAAGUUCUGAUCAAGAUUUAAAAAGGAGUGACGUGCACAAAAAGCAACGCCGAGCCAAGGUGCUGCAGAUUGGAGAUAAGCCCACUCAAGCACUUUCUGAGGCUACAGCUGAUAAUGCCAUGCUUCAUGAUAGUCCUGAAAGCACCAAGGCUGCAGAAGACAACAUUACAGCUGAAGCAGGACCCGGCACAGCUGAUAUGGAUGAACAAGAUCGGGAAGGUGAUGAUGCAGUUAGACAUGAAGCAGGGGUGUCGACUUUGAGUGUGGAAGAAACAACUUCAGAUGAAGGGUGGCAAGAAGCCAAUCCAAAAGGGCGAUCGGGCAACACCAUUGGGCGGAAGUUCAACCGGAGGCGGCCAGUCCUUGCAAAACUAAACAUAAGCAGUUCAGAAUAUGCAAAUGUUAGUACCAGUGGCUCAAGGAGAGAAAUCAUCUCGCCUGUCAAAAAGGCUGCCACAAGGGCCCACGCAACAGAGAUAUCCCCACUCAAGCAGUUGAAAGGUUCUAGCUUGAGCGCCAUAGAAGAUUCAGUAAAAAUGCAGGGCAAAGCACCUCUACCUAAAAUUUCUCCCUCCACGCCGAAUCUUGCAACCAUGGCUUCGAAAUCUUUAUCUUACAAGCAAGUUGCUUUGGCGCCACCAGGUACCGUUCUGAAGCCAUUACUGGAGAAGGUUGAGGAAAAUAACAAGGGAAAACUUGAACCACAGGUACACGAAAUGCCACCUGAGAAACUGGAGGAAGAAAUCAAGAAUGAAUCUGCUGCUGAGGCAGCUCAAGAUGGUGGAAGGAAAAAAGAUGAGGAACAGCAUGGAAGCGAAGAUAAACAUGAGGAUGCUUCCCGUGAAGGAGAAGAGAUGACAACUCCUAAGGAAAAGCCAAUGGAAACAAAUGGAAGUAAACUUUCAGCUGCAGCCGAGCCAUUCAAUCCAGGAGCGCUGGCGAUGACUCAUCCUAUGAACUCCGUUGCCAUCACCGGUGUUUAUGAUGUAAGAGCUACUCAAGGAACGUUGGUUGAGUCAGUUGGAGUCCCACCAGCUGCUGUACGAGUCCCUUGUGGGCCGAGAUCACCACUGUACUAUAGAUCGAACCACUCUUUACGUGUCAAACACGGUUUUUGGAAAUAUCAAGCCCGUGUGACAGAAAGAACUGGACUCAGUCCUCCCAGAAUCAUGAAUCCACAUGCCCCAGAAUUCAUCCCCAGGAAAAACUCUCCUACUGAGGCAGGCGAUUCAAAAGUUUCAUUGGAGUUGCGUUCUUCAGAUGAAUUGUCUGUAGAAGAGCAUCGGAAGGUUGAAGAAGGAGCUGAUGCUGAACUUAAAAAUGGUACUGCAAGAAAGACCAGUUCCGAGGCAGAGAAGUCAGAGCUUGCCAGGCAGAUCUUGCUCAGCAUCAUUGUAAAGUCAGUGCAGCAUGGCAUUGAAUCACCGAGUGAUUCAGCAGUCAUUGAAAAGAAGAUUGAUCACACUGAUAGUUCUUCAGAAGCAAUAGCCCAUGACAGUGCAAUAAUAAAAAUUCUCUCUGGAAAUGAAGGGAAGACAGAGUUGGCUACUAAUAAGGCACAGCCAAAUAAAGUCGACGUUAAUAAUACAAACAGCGAUGGCGAAGGUUUUAUAGUCGUCACAAAACGGAGAAGAAACAGGCAGCAGCUGUCAAACGGCGUAGCCGGGUUGCAUAACCAGCAAUCGAUAUGCGCUUCAGUUCGUUGAAGAAAUGAAGCAAAAGGUAGAGGCCACACAUGAGGAAGGGGCUCUCUUUUGAAUCUCUUCUGAUAAAAGCACUUGAAUCAGGCAGCAUCUUAUAAUAACAAAGUGGAGAUGGUUGGAGAAAAAAGGAAACUUUUUUGUUUUGAAUAUCCAUUUUGGUUUCAUUGGUUUCUGGGUUUGGACUCACCCGUGGGGGAUUUUCUAAUAAUUAGUCUAGAAGAUGCAUUAUUCUUUAAUCUCAUUGCAUAACAUCUCUUGUGGAUAAAGCUAUCAGGUCCAUUGUUUCAAUUUAAUUCUACAAAUUUAGAACUUGAUGUA